AUGGUGAAGGGGAAGAUGGUGGAGGUAGGGAAGUGGCCAUGGCAGGUGAGCAUCCUGUUUCUGGGCAUGCACAUUUGCAGCGGCUCCCUCAUCCAUCGCCAGUGGGUCCUCACAGCCGCGCACUGCUUAGAGAGAUCCAAGGACCCGGCAAAGUACUCCGUGAUGGUGGGAGUCCAGCACCUCCCAGAAAAUGGCACUCAGCUCCCGCUCACUAGCAUCGUGAUUCAUAAGGAUUUCAACAAUCACAUUUCCGGGGACAUUGCCCUCCUGAAGGUCAGGGACCCCAUCCUCUGGUCCCCUCUGGUCCAGCCCAUCUGCCUCCCCAACACCAGAUUGAAGCCAUACAUCGGAAACAUGUGUUGGGUGAUCGGGUGGGGAAGGACAGAAAAAAAAGUGACCCCAGAGUCCCCCUACAGUCUUCAGGAAGUGGCCGUCAAGAUCAUAAACAAUGAAAUCUGCUAUCGACGGUACCAAUUCCUCUUCUCCAAGGAUGAAAAGUUCACUGGGAAUGAUGUGCUCUGUGGCAGCUCAGAAUGGGGCUCGGAUACCUGUCAGGCUAACUCUGGCAGCUCCCUUGUCUGCCAAGUGAACAAGACCUGGAUUCAGAUGGGAGUGGUGAGCUGGAGUUUUAGCUGCGGCAAGAGCCAGUUCCCAGGCAUCUACACCAGCACCUCCUACUUCACCAACUGGAUCAGGACUCAGAUCGCUGACAUGAGGUUCCUCAGUAGGGCCGACCCUGCCUUCCUGAGCCCAAUCUUCCGCUUGGGCUACAUCCUGCUGGUCUCCUUGGGCUCCCUGUGGCUCCUGUGAGCAGUGUUUUCCAGCCCUCCCGGAGGCUGCUUCCCUCCUCUCUGCUCUGCCCUCAGCAGAAGUAGAGACCAAAGGUUGCACAGGAUGGCGGAGCAGAGUGACCUUGGGGGAGGGUCCCAG